AAGCUAAGGGAGAAGCUCUCACAUCGCUCAUGAGAAAGGCAAGACUACAAUAUUAGCUGGUUUACCAGAGAUCUGGUGAAAUUACUGACUAUUUCUUGGAUAAUCUUGAAUAACUAAUAAGGAUUUUAGAUUGAACGAUUGCUUUGAUUAUUUGCGAUAUAACUUACGAUCUAUAAUAUUGACGACGUUUCAAAAUGGCUUCAUUGUUUGCGUUUGCAUCACCAGCUGUAAAACGCCUUUUGGGUUGGAAGCAAGGCGACGAAGAGGAAAAAUGGGCAGAGAAAGCCAUUGAAUCACUUGUCAAGAAACUAAAGAAGAACAAGGGGGCUCUUGAAGAACUGGAAAAAGCGUUAUCUAACCCUAACGUGCCGGCAAAAUGCGUAACAAUAGCACGUAGUUUAGAUGGAAGACUUCAAGUGUCCCACAGGAAAGGCCUUCCGCAUGUUAUAUAUUGUCGUGUGUGGCGUUGGCCAGAUUUACAGAGCCAUCAUGAGCUGAAACCACUGGAUAUUUGCGAAUAUGCUUUUGGCAAGAAACAAAAAGAAGUGUGUGUUAAUCCGUACCAUUACAGAAGAGUUGAAAGCCCAGUUUUGCCUCCAGUGUUGGUUCCGAGACACAGCGAAUGGCCUCCAAUGCACCCAAGAUUGCCACCACCGUAUCACUCAACUCCUCAAGAAAGUCCAAGUAUGCCUGGCAAUGCUUCAUUCCCAGCAAAUUUCAGACAAACGCCCGGCGAUGAUAUUCCAAGUCCUUUUCGCAGUCAUUAUGAAAUGCCAGAUCGUUGUUGUAUGUCAGAAGAUGGCGGCUCACCUCGUCCUCCAGAACAAAUGGAUGUGGAAUUAGGAACUAUUCCUGGGCCUAUUGCACCAGUUUCUCCCGUACCAUCUACAAAUAGUGAUAUGGCUGCUGUGAAUUACCAAGAACCACGUAAUUGGGCAACUAUUGCAUAUUAUGAGCUCAACACAAGAGUUGGUGAGCCAUUUCAUUGCCACACAACAAGCGUUGUUGUUGAUGGUUUCACUGACCCGAACACAAACCACUCAGAAAGAUUCUGUCUGGGUUUAUUGUCAAACGUGAAUCGUAAUUCAACCAUUGAAAAUACGAGAAAACACAUUGGGAAAGGUGUUCAUCUGUACUAUGUCGGUGGUGAAGUAUUUGCCGAGUGCCUGAGUGAAAGUGCAAUAUUCGUGCAAAGUCGUAAUUGUAACCAUCAUCAUGGUUUUCAUCCAACUACAGUGUGCAAAAUUCCCUCAAAUUGUUCCUUAAAAAUCUUCAACAAUCAAGAGUUUGCUCAACUACUCUCGCAGUCCGUGCAUCAUGGAUUUGAGGCGGUUUAUGAACUCACUAAAAUGUGUACAAUCCGAAUGAGUUUUGUUAAAGGUUGGGGAGCAGAAUAUCAUCGUCAAGAUGUUACGAGCACGCCAUCGUGGAUUGAGAUCCAUCUGCAUGGUCCUUUGCAGUGGUUGGAUAAAGUUCUCAGUGAAAUGGGUUCCCCUGGUAAUGUCAUCUCGUCAGUGUCAUGAACCUCACUUCAUAAACGUGCAUAUUGUGUUGUUUCCAUUAUCUAAAGAGUCGAUAAGCGUUUUAGACUAACAAAUUGGACAAUGACGUUGUCAUUUUAACUAGAAACAAUGAAGCAACUUUGUAAAAAAUAGUAGCAUAUGGUAUCCCGACAUCGCUAUACCUUUUCAUUGUAGGUUGUUUGUAGUGAUUUAAUUUAUCGCUUCUGCGGUUGAAGUUGUUCAACGGUUUUAAAAAUUAGUUUCUGAAUGUGUUGUAUAAUCUAUGAUGUAUUAUCAUAGGACCUGAAAUCCUUUGAAGCUCUUCUAUUGAGCAUUAGAGAUGAGAGAGAGCAUGUUAAGUAUAUGAGAUGUACAUAUAUAGAAGCCCCGUUUACACUACACUCAAUUUAUCGGCACGGCACGGCUAAAAUUGGUACCCGUACCCAAUUUUAUAAGUGUUCAGGCUACCAAAACAAAGGCCGAGCACAUAUGAAAUGGGCACGGGUACCGAUUUUAGCCAUGCCGUGCCUAUAAGUCGAGUGUAGUGUAAACAGGGCUAGAAACUCGAAACAUUUACGACUAAUGUGUACCAAAAUUCAUUUUUUAGUUCAAGAUAAUGUAUCUUUUAUUUAGCCUAGUUUUAGUUGAAAUAUAUAUACCAGUAUAUUUUA